AUGGACGUUGAGUACCAGCAGCGAUGCAAAGCCUACCGCUUUGUGGCCUACUCGGCCGUCGCCUUCUCGGUGGUCGCCAUCCUUGGAGCCGCCACCACUCUGCCCAUGGUGUACAAUUAUGUGCACCAUGUGCAACGCACAAUGUACUCGGAACUCAACUACUGUCGUACUUCUGCUCGUGAUAUCUGGUCUGAGGUGAGCACCAUGAAGGCACCAAGCAACCGUACCGCCCGUCAGGCUUACAACGAUUGCACUGCUUGUUGCUCUGGUGGAGGUGCUGGUCCGGCCGGAGCUCCAGGAAACGCAGGACGACCAGGAAACCCUGGAGCUCGCGGAACUCCAGGAAACCCAGGAAGACCACCAACUCAGCCAUGCCCACACUGGACCACCCUGGACCACCAGGAGCACCUGGACAGCCUGGAGAUGCUGGACGUGACGGAAAUCCAGGAGGACCCGGAGCUCCAGGAGGCCCAGGUACACCUGGACCCAAGGGACCACCAGGACCCAGCGGAAACCCCGGAAGCCCAGGAGCCCCAGGACAGCCUGGAAACCCAGCCACAUCUGUUCCUCCUACUCCCGGAGCACCAGGACCUGCCUGGACCACCUGGACCUCGUGGUCCACCUGGACCCAAUGGACAGCCCGGAAACGCAGGAGCACCUGGACAACCUGGACCAAAGGGACCACCUGGAGGCAACGGUCAACCCGGUCCUCCUGGAAACCCGGGCACACCUGGAGACAGAGGACUCCCAGGAACACCUGGAGAGCGUGGAAUCUGCCCCAAGUACUGCGCUCUCGACGGAGGUGUUUUCUUCGAGGACGGAACUCGCCGUUAA